AUGGACACGAUAACGAAGGAAAUCCAGAAGCAGCAUCUGUGGACUCUACUCUUUGCCGACGAUGUCAUGCUCGCGUCGGAGUCUCGAGAUGAUCUUCAGAAACAAGUACAGUCUUGGAAGGAUCAGCUGCGGCAACAUGGAUUGCGUCUCAACACAUCAAAAACUGAGUACAUGGAGUGCGGACCAAGGAUAGAGGAUGGUUCAAUUCGUGUCGAUGGCACCGAAUUAAACAAGGUGAACUGUUUCAAAUACCUUGGAUCCAAAGUGACUUCCACAGGCGACAUUGAUCAAGAAGGUCGAGCACGUGUUAAUACGGCAUGGAUGAAAUGGAAAAUGACAACAGGGGACGGUUGUGCGUCCUGUUGCUCUUUACGGAUGCGAGUGCUGGCCGACGACGAAAGCCUUGGAAAGAGUGCUGCACGCUAUGGAGAUGCGGAUGUUGAGGUGGACGAUAGGUGUAACGCUAAAAGAGAAUCCAACGACACUGUACGUUCCAUUUUCGGCGUCGUCCCGAUAACUGAGAAGAUGAAGGAGGCGCGGCUGAGAUGGUUUGGUCACGUCUUGCGGCGGGAGGAAGAUUCUGUUGCCAAAACCGCUCUGAAGCUCGACGUUUCAGGAGUGAGGCCGCGUGGGAGUCCAAAGAUUCGCUGGUUAGACCGUGUGAAGCUGGAUAUGAUAGAUGCACGUUUGCGUACGGCUGAUGCAAUGGAUAGAACGAAAUGGAAGACAAGAAGCAGAAAAGCGGACCCUGCAACAACGUGGGACAAACGUUAG